AUGACCAGAGCGUUUUCCCAUGACACUAGCGUCUGCUGCCUGUCACUGGUCACGUCAUAUUCUAGGGACGAUCGUCUCACCGCCUGCUUGCACGCGUGUCGGAACCGCCACCUGCCAGGCUCUCAUUCGCUGCCUGGCCUGCUCCACCGGUUUGGAUACGCCGCCAUCGCGAUGGCUCAAACCGCUCUUAUGCUCCUCCCGCGUCGCCGUUCGCAGGCCACUGCCCACACGGCAGCAGAUAUUGUGGCAGAGACAGCCGAUAUCAUUUCGCAUCGGUCGCGCGCCAACGACAUGUCGCCCGACAGUCCCCCGUCCACAUCCGCCCUCUGCCGCCCGCUUCGUGCCAUCGAAGAUGGCGGGCACGAGAGUGAGGGGGCAGGCGGGCGGCGCGCGGGCGAGCGGCGGUGGCGGUGGCGCGCGCGAUGGCGCGAGGCGGCGGUGGCGGGGGCGCGGCCGCAGGAGCGAUGGGGGCACUCCGCCGUGGCGUGGGAUGGCAAGCUGAUCGUGUUCGGGGUGAGCGGAGGCACGCGGGCGAGUGGAGGUGAGAAGCCGUGCUGCAGUGGCAGUGGAGAGUUUGCCGUGGCAGCAUGUGUUGCCGCCGCUGCGUGCGUUGAGGGCUGUUUCGGAGCGCAGCACUUCUCCACCGUGCUGUCGCUCGACCUCACCACGCUCGCCUGGGCGCCCCUGUCGGCGCACGGCCAUCUGCCGCCGCCCUGCGACUGCCACUCCGCCUCGCUGCUCUCCCGCGGCCGCAUGCUCGUCUUCGGCGGCACCGACGGCCGCCGCCGCCUCGCCGCCACGCACCUGCUGCACCUGCCCUCCAAGCGGUGGCAACGCGUGGGGGGAGGGGCGGCAGGGGAGAGGAGUGCGCGCUGUGUGCUGGGUGGGAGUGUGAGUGAGGUGGGUGGUGCGAUCGAGGAGGGGGGAGUGGAGAGGAGUGAGGUGCGAGAAGGCGGCGAGAGAGGGCAGCAGGGGGCUGGGGAGGUGGAGAGUGGUGUGAGCUGCGUGGACGAGGCGGGGGUGACAGCGAGGCAGGGGGGGGAGGGGGGCAGAGGGAAGGAGGCGGCAGGUGGAGAGGCGGGGCAGCGACGGGUCGCACGUGUCGAGCAGCAGCGUGGUGGUGCGGCACGGAGAGGGUGGAGGAGGAAAGGAGGAGGGGAUGCGGUGGAGUGGCGAGAGACUGUGCUGGUGUUUGGCGGCAGUGGGGAUGAGGAGGGCGGCGAUGGUGCGGAUGGUAAGGAAGGCAUGGACGGGUGGAGGGGAGGGGAGCAGAGAGACGGGGGAGGAGAGGGAGGCAGCAUGAGCGAGGGGGGGCGGCAAGGGGCGGCAGGGGAGUGCCCCCCCUGUGCGCGCGACAGCCACAGCAUGGUGGUGAUGGGCGGGGCGCACGAGCAGCAGGUGGCGGUGGUGUUCGGCGGCGACUGUGGCGCGCGCUACCCUCGGCGACCUGCACCUGCUGCACGUCCACCACCUCUCCUGGUGCCACGUGCGUACCCAUUGGGCAACGGGUGUGAGGGGGUGUGCUGUGAGGGGGUGUGCUGUGGGGUGGGGGGGUGUGCUGUGGGGGUGGGGGGGUGUGCUGUGAGAGGUUACCCGUGGAGCAUAUCAGUGGUGGGGUGGGGGUGGUAUACGUGGGGAUACCAGCACCGGCGGGAGCGCAGUGGCCGGCGCCACGGGCAGCCCACAGUGCGGUGGCCGUCACAGCCUGGCAGGUGGAUGCUGCUGCUGGGAGGGGUGGGCGACGGUGGCUACUUCAGUGACACGUGGCUCUUUGACCUGCCCUCUGCCACGUGGCACCAGCUGCAUCCACCAAUAACAGCCGGUCCUGCCAUGCUGGCAUCGGACAAUUCGAUGGUGGAGCACCUGGAAGCAGAGGAAGCGUCGGCAGCAGCAGCGGAGGCAUGGGCUGCGGGGGAGGAGGACGGGCAGCAGCUGCGGGCGUGCUUCUCCCACUCGGCCACCCUGCUGCCCGACGGCUGCACCGUCGCACUCUUUGGCGGCUGUGGGCGCGACGAGCAGCCGUGCAGCGACGUCAUGCUGCUGCACCUGCAAUGCCCUGUGAGCACCCACCCUCGCCUGCACCUGCAAUGCCCUGUGAGCACCCACCCUCGCCUGCACCUGCAAUGCCCUGUGAGCACCCACCCUUGCCUGCACCUGCAAUGCCCUGUGAGCACCCACCCUCGCCUGCACCUGCAAUGCCCUGUGAGCACCCACCCUCGCCUGCACCUGCAAUGCCCUGUGAGCACCCACCCUCGCCUGCACCUGCAAUGCCCUGUGAGCACCCACCCUUGCCUGCACCUGCAAUGCCCUGUGAGCACCCACCCUCGCCUGCACCUGCAAUGCCCUGCCGCCAGUCCUUCCCCUCGCUGUGCGCGCCCCCUCUCCUCCGCCUCUCUGCCCGCCCCUGCUGCUGCGCGCACGGGGCGCGAGGAGGAAAAGGGCAACGGAGCAGGGGCGGUGGAGCAAGGAGACAGAGCUGUGGGCGUGGAAGAGCAGGGGGGGAUGGCAGAGGGGAGGUGGCGGGAGGGAGGAGAGGCGAUGGAGUGGAGGGCGGUGUGGGAGGGAGGAGGGGAGGAGGAGGCGGAGGUGGGCAGGCAGCGGAUAGGCGAAGACAGGAGCUUUCUUGACGAGCUGGCGGGCAUUCUCAACGACGAUGCGCCCUGCACGUCACAUCCAGCAGCCACCAUCCGCGGUACCUCCCUUCUGCACCUGAUUCCUGCCUCCAUCUCAAGGGGUGGGCAGAGCAUCGACCAAGCAGCACAAGCGCGAGGUGCAGCAGCAGAGAGGGGGCAGCAGGGAAGGGCGAGGGGGCGGCCGCGGCGCUACGUGGUGUCGGAGGCGGGCGAGCGCAUGGUGAGCGCAGCACUGCAAGCCCGGCACGCCGGCGGAGGAGGGGAGGUGGACGGGGGUGAAGCGAAGAGAACAGGCAGUACGGUGGUAGACAGUCCUGGUACGGAUGGGGAUGGUGGUGAAGAGGAGGGGGCAGCGGAGGCAGACAUGGGAAGAGAAGGUGCAGGCACAAUAGGUGGCGCCACCUUGAGUGGUGGCAGUCGGCCCAAGCUGCAGCCGAAACGAGCAGCCAGUGGAGGCAUGGCGCGGGGCAGUGAGGUGCGCGGGAUGAGCGCGGCGGCAGGGAGGGGCGCGGUGGAGUUGUCACCAUUCCACCAUGACAUGGCGCAUGGAACUCUGCCCGCUGCCUGUCCUUCUGCUGCUGCUCACGAGGGGCAUGUGUCGCUGCCUGCAUGGCAGCAGCCGUGUGGCAUGACAUGGCAGCAAGGGAAUGUUCUUGGUGCUGCAGAUGCCGCUGCUGUCAUUCCUGCCACUCUCCCUCUCUCCAUGCUGCCUGCCCUCCAAGCCACACCCUCCUCUGCCCCGCAGCAGCCCCGUGUGUCAGAGGCCGCCCCUCCCAGGCAGCACCUCGCCGUGCCGUCGUCCCUGGCAGCGCGGCCCCUCAUUGCGCUGCACGCCCGCCCCGUGGGCCAUGCCCAAUCGCACAGCGCAGCAAAGCAUCCCAGGGGAGGGGAGGGGGCGAGGGGGGAUGGCAGGGGUGAGGCAUGCAAGGGUGGUGGGGAGGGAGGCGGAGGUGGCGGGGAGGCGAUGGAGGCGGGGAUGGGAGGGGGGGGUGGCGGGGUGCAGGGCGGAGAGGGCGGCACUGCCCACGCGCACCUGCUGCACCUCGGCAUCGGCCGUGUCGUGCGCUGCCCUGUGAGCCUCUGCCUGCCCUCCUCUGCCUGCCCUGUGAGCCUCUGCCUGCCCUAUAGUGCACCUCCACCAUCCCACUCGCUCCUGUGCUGCCCUCCUGUGCUCACGGCCUUCCACCACUGCCACUUGCCCUGUCCUCUCCUCUGCUGUGCUGGCCAGCCCGGGGCAUCACUGGCAGUGCGCGUGGACGGGGUGUUUGACGGCGGUGUCACGCUCGCAGCGCAAGUCGGCGCCCACACGCUCUCCGGUGUGCUGCUCGCCCCGCCUGCUGUGAGUCCCACUGCCCCCCCCUGCUGUGAGUCCCACUGCCCCCCCUGCUGUGAGUCCCACUGCCCCCCCUGCUGUGAGUCCCACUGCCCCCCUGCUGUGAGUCCCACUGCCCCACCUGCUGUGAGUCCCACUGCCCCCCCUGCUGUGAGUCCCACUGCCCCCCCUGCUGUGAGUCCCACUGCCCCCCCUGCUGUGAGUCCCACUGCCCCCCCCUGCUGUGAGUCCCACUGCCCCCCCUGCUGCACUGACCCUGGUGGCGGCAGUGGCGAUGGCUCCCUGCUACCAUCAGCAGUGGCAGCAGCAGCAGCUUCAUGCAGUGUGUCGGCCCAUUCCACCCCGCAAGCCGCAUCGGCUGACGCACACUCCGAGCAGCCUGGUGGUGGCGGGGGGAGGAAGCGGCAGGGCGCGGCCGGUAGAGGCGGAGGGAGGGGGCGGGGGAGGCAUGGGGGCCGGGGGAAGAGGGCGAAGCACAGUGGGGGUGAGGCGGGGGCAGGCGAGGCGGGUAUGGCGAAGGCAGGUGGGGAGGCAAUGCGGAGCAAAUCAAAAGCCAGGACAAGGAAGGGGCAGAUGGGGGGAGAGGGCAGGUGGGCAGGGGGAGGCGUGAGGGAAGGGGAUAGAGGGGAGGAGAUAGUAAAGCAGGGGGCAAUGGGGGAAGUGUGCGGGGAGGUGAGGGCGUGGGAGGCAGGAGAGGAGCGUCAAGGCAUGGAGGUGGUGAGAGGGGGAGAGGCGGGGGGAGGAGAGGGGAAAGAUGGCAUGCAAGGUGGUGAGUGGAAGCGAGCGCGCGAGCACCCUGAAAGUGUGGCUCGGUACGGCUGCGAGAUGCAAGGGGACAGCGCAGAGCAGCAGCGGGCAGCAGGGAACGUGAGUGUGCUUGCAGGAUAUGCUGUGACACACGGAGGAGGAGGAGGAGGAGGAGGAGGAGGAGGAGGAGGAGGAGGAGGAGGAGGAGGAGGAGGAGGAGGAGGAGGAGGAGGAGGAGGAGGAGGAGGAGGAAGAGUGGGGCCAAGUGGGGAGAGCAUGAACAAAGGGGAGGGCAUGAAGGAAGGCGAGUGGGAUGAGGAGGUGUCAGCGCCCUCUUGCCGCUCACGACCACCCGUGGCAGUGCCGACCUUGUGGCUCACGGCAUGUGCGGCAUGGAGCAGUGGAUGGCAGAGCUGCAGGGCACACCGGGGCAUGGCGAGGGGCAUGGCGAGGGGCAUGGCGAGGGGCAUGGCGAGGGGCAUGGCGAGGGACAUGGCGAGGGCAUGGCCGCGGCAUGGCGAGGGGCAUGGCGAGGGGCAUGGCGAGGGGCAUGGCGAGGGGCACAGAGGAGAGCAGGUGACAGGAGGGGCGCAGCAUCCUCCGGCUGCGGCUGGUGGCAACGCUGGCAGCUCGCUGCCCAGCCUGGCGGCGCACCCACCCUCUCAUGGCCACCUGUCACCGGGAUUGCAUGAGUGGGGCGACUGCACAGGUGGCAGCGGCAGUGGCAGUGGCAGUGGCGAGUGGCAGCUGAUUGCGUCGCCUCCCUCCCCCCUCCACCUCAUCGGCCUGGACUCCUCCCUCCACUCGCCCUCGCUCCACCCUCACUCACACGUCGCCUCUCACACGUCCCCCUCCACCCCUCCCUCACUGCAUCUGCCCCCCCUGUCCCUGCCACCGCUCCUGCUGCCGCCCCUCCACCUGCCCGCCCUGCCCUCAUGCGACCACGUGGGGUCGUCCCCCGCGCCCCCCACGCCCCACGGCAGCCGCCUCUCCCACUGCAGCACACCCGCCCAGCACACAGAGGCAGGCAUGGGUGGGGCGCAGGGUCAACGGGAGGCUGGGGAAGGUGCAAGUGGAGUUGCACUGAGCAAUGGAGAUGGGAGGGGUGUGCUUGACGGUGAAUGGAGAUGGGAGGGGUGUGCUUGA